CAAUUAUUUUUCUUCCUAAUCAUAGUUUUCUCCGAUAUCUCAAUUGACUCCCAUCACUUUGAUGUGUUAUAAUGUUUUGAGACAAUAGUGAAAUCAUUUUUUAAUACUAAAAUUCUACUGAUUUAUAGGUCACAUCAUACAUAAAGAAAACAAACUAAAUUUGGAUGAUGCGAUGUCCACAAUAAAAACAUUUUCCACAUAAACUAUUCAUGCGUUAGCAGAGCACACAGACAAAAGAGAGGGAAUUUUGAUUGUCGCCGCCAAUGGCCGGGAAAGGUGGAGCAACUCCGAGCACGUACUCGCCGUCUCCGACGACCCACAAGACUAAAUCACUAAGCUUUGGAAACGACGACGUUCUCCGACCCGAUGACCGUGAAUGGCACCAAUGCAGACCUGCCUUUUUCCAGAUUGGUGUUGUAGCUGCUGCUGCCGGAUCUGCUUAUGCAGAUUUUGGAAGCACCAAGGUCAUUGUUUCUGUGUUUGGGCCAAGAGAGAGUAAGAAGGGAAUGAUGUACAGUGAUAUAGGACGUUUAAAUUGCAAUGUCAGCUAUACAACUUUUGCUACCCCAGUUCGUGGACAGGGGUCGGACCACAAAGAGUUUUCUUCAAUGCUUCAUAAAGCUUUGGAGGGUGCAAUAAUAUUGGAAACUUUCCCCAAGACUACUGUGGAUGUUUUUGCAUUGGUGUUGGAAUCUGGGGGCAGUGAUCUUCCUGUAGUGAUAUCAUGUGCUAGCCUUGCCCUAGCAGAUGCAGGGAUAAUGAUGUAUGACCUUGUUACGUCAGUUUCAGUGUCUUAUUUGGGAAAGAACCUUGUCCUUGAUCCUACUUUGGAGGAGGAAAGCCACCAAGAUGGAAGCUUAAUACUUACUUGUAUGCCUUCUCGCGAUGAGGUCACUCAACUAACCAUUACUGGGGAAUGGUCUACCCCAAAAAUUAAUAAGGGAAUGAAGAUUUGUAUGGAUGCCUGCUCAAAGUUUUCACAGAUCAUGAAGUCAUGCUUGAAAGGACUUGAUUCUGCUUUGGAAGAAGAGGAUAGUAAUGUUGAUUAGUUUCAUUCUCAUAUCCUCAACACCUAGCUAAGAGAAACUGGUGUACUCCUUCAAUCUGAUGCCAAGAUAUUGGUUGAGAAUUAGCAAGGGGUGCUAGCUAGAGGAGGAAGAAGCAACUUUGGAAGGCAUUGUUCGAUUGUGAGGUAAAUGGAUGAGGUCAUAUUCUCUUAUGCCCCUCGUGCGUGUAAUAUAUAACUUGUGUGAGGGAUUUAAUCAUGCAUGAACAUGGCUUCUAGUAAAAAUAAUGCAAUAAUUUGGUACAAAUCUUUUGCCACCAUUGAAAAAGUUUAAAGAUAUUAUUGGGUUGAAAUGCUUUUGUGCCAGCAGAAGACAAAUGUUAAACCGUGCAUGUUUUAAUUAUAUAUGUAUUAAUUUCCAGUGGGUCACGCACACGUGCAGCGGAGAUCAUCCUCUCAAUCCUGUUGGUGCCUCCUAUUAUUGUUGUUGUUGAGUUCCAGUCUGUGUUGCUAGCCAAUCUGUAUUAAUAAUUCCAACACCGAGGACAUGAUCCACAACCAAUGAGUAGUUACCAGUUAUGAAUGAUUAAUACUGGCACAAGGACUGUUCAUCAUUUUUGCACUACACUACUCAGGUCUUUUUAUUUGAGAUUCGAAUUUGGUAUAUUUUCUAAUUAGAAUGUGGGUUCAAUUCAAAAUUAAUUGG